AUGUGCAUAUACCUUCCUCCUUCACCAGGAGGUUAUAUUUCUGAUCACGAAAAAGAUGCUAAACCAUUCUGUAAUACAAAUAAACCCCCAGGAGUAACGGGUCACGUCGAUACUAUUCCUGACGGACUUAUUGCAUCAUCACAUUUCAAAUCUGGAGAUGGAUUCAUUCAAUAUACUGGUAGAAUCAAUCCAGGCGCAUACAAAUUGCAUUCAGAUGAUGAUGGUGGUCAAUACGAUAGUGUAGGAUCUCCACCAGGUGCAAAGUGUGUGGGAAAUGGUUUUGUAAAAUUCGUGAGCUUAAUCGAACCAAAAGAUAAACGUUUCUGUAUCCGUUGUUGUUCUGAUAAAAGCAAAUGUAAUACUAAUGAGAGUACUGAAGGAUGUCCAACUGUCAUCCCUGGAAAUUACAAAUAG